CAUGAAUUUUGACAAGGAAUUAAUGAAAACAGAGCAUUUAACAAGAAUCUAAUCUACAGCUUUUCUAAUUUAUUAAGUCAAAAUUUAAGAUAAGAGCUAUUUUGGUUACUUUCUAAAAUAGAAAUACUAAAAUAAAUAUCACUUAAAUAGAUUUCUCGCAACUGAUAUGCAGUAAUAAAAUGAAAUUAAAUAUAUACGAAAAUUGAAUACAAAAGAAAGGGAAGGAUUUUAUAUGUUUGAGACAUAUAAAUAAUAUACUAUUCUGUCAGAACUUAAAUAAUUGCAGGAAUAGGUGAUUUUAAAAAUCUGCUUGGACACUCUAAUGGCCUUAUUUGCUCUUCAUUAAAGAGGAAUUUUGGGUAGGUGUUUUAAUGUUAACAAUAUAUUGUUUGUUGAAAAUCAGCAUUCAGUUCUGAUGGAAUAUGGAUUCUACCCUGAUUUAGAAUAUUAAGUUCCAGAGAUGAUUUACAAUAAGACCUAUAAUGAAAAAAUAGAUAUAUUUUUGUUAGGAAGAGUGCUGUUUUACUUGAUGGUCGGAAAUGAUUUGCCAUAAUUUGAUAUGAACAAUUUAAAUGAGGUUUCAUCUGAUAUCAACUUAGCUAUUGCAUCAACAAAAUAUUCAGAUGGCUUGAAGAGUUUAGUUAUAUCUAUGCUAUCUAUUGAUGUAAACAAAAGGAUAGAUUAUUAGCAAUUAUUUGCUAAAUUUAAAAACAAUUAAUUUUAUUCGCUCUAAGAAUAGUUUUACAAAUCGAAUACAUUGAAAACUCUAACAAAAAAUGCUAUUUAAGAGAGAGAACAUGAUGAUAUCAAAACAUCUGAGGAAUCAGAAAUUUUUGAAAUUGAAUAAACUUAACAAAUCGCAGUAAUAUAUUAUCCUAGUAUUAAUAGAAACUGAUAACAGAUUAGAAAAUUAAAGUAUCAGAAAUUUAAAUUUCGGAUAAGAGCACCAUAGAUUAAUCUUAAAAGUAUUUCUUAGAGAAGUGUACUUUCAAUCCUCCUGAUGAUGAAGACUAUAAAAAAUACACAUCACUUAGUUAAUAAUAGAUUAUUAGCAAAGUGAGUGAAACAUAAAAGACAGCAACAAUAAAGCAGAAUAAUGAAGAAAGUAAAAUAAAGAAGACAGUCCUUGAGAAUGAAUAAUUGUUAAAAGUGUUACCAUUUCUGAAUUCUGACCCCACCUAAGAUAUUUUGAUUUGGAAUCAAAUAUACUUUUAUCUGUAUCGCUUUUCUCUGAUGGACAAAUUGGUAGAUGAAUUGCAAUCACAGUUGUAAAGCAAAAAUAAUUACUUAAUUUCGAUUGCUCUAUAUGGAAUGAAAAAGGGUGAAUUGAUAUUAAAGAGAGAAUAUCAGAAUUCUUUAGAAAAAUGCUAGAAUCUAUACUAUAUACCAGUAGAAGAGUGGGAGAAAUUUAAAAACUCAGCAGAGUAUAAAAAGAUGAGCAGUAAGAUAAAAUUUGAUAUUGAUGUGAACUAACGUCUAUUGUAAUAGAAGGAUUAUGUUUAGUUGAAGAAGGUUCUGGAUUAAUACAAGAAUGAUGGAGUGCUAAAGGAUUUAUACAAAUUUAUUGAAUAAUAUUUGAAUGAUGUAAAAUUAAAUUAAUAUUAAUCUUUAGAAUUCAGAACUGAACAAUUUUGAGUCUAUCAAGCUUUAGUACAGAUAUAUCUUGACAAAUAUUUUGCCGCUUUUUGAGUCUUCAGAUGAUAAAUAGAAUACUUAUAUCAAAUUGUUAAUUAUGAUGUGCAUUUUGAUUAAUAGAAUUUGUGAUACGCAAAGUAUCCCACAGCAUUUCAAGACAAUUUGCAAAUUUCUGAAAACUGAUUCAAUAAAUUCAAUAGUGGAAAUUGAAUAUUUUCUAAAGAAUGGCACUAAAUAAGAUUUCAUAGCUUAAUUUGUUGAAUUAAAGACAUGUUAUUUUUCAGGUUGA